AUGUUAAUAUUCCCUGCUGUCUUUUUCUUCUUGAUUUCUCAAUCAAUUCAAGAUUAUGAUCCAAUUCAACUUGCUAAAUCAUUUCUAGAAAAUUUUGAAAAAGGCGAUCAAACCAAUGAUGCACAAUUAAUCUAUCCACUUUUCAACAAAUCGAUGAAUAUUUAUUGCCAAGAAUUCACUGAUCCUUUAUCCGAUCCUUCGAUUUUAUCGAAAAUCUAUGAAUUUCAAAAUAAUCAGACAAUAAUUGUGCUUAAAAAUGCUUGGAUUGAAACUGAAAAUGGAAUUGGAAACUUGAUUUUUGUCACUAGCCUUCGUCAUCAGAAAAUUGGAAAUUCAACUGUUAUUGAAUACGACAUCAGGUUUUUGAGUAAAAAAAUUGGAAAAAAUUGGAAAGUUGUGGCAAUUCAAAUUCGGGAGGCGGAUUAUUACAAAGAAAAAUGGAAUAUUUUGAUAAAUUUGAUUAGAACAAAUGAUGUUACUGAUAAUUCAGACCUUUAA